CCGGUUAUUCCAUGGACCGUGAACGCGCUGCCUUCACGUGAACUGCGUCGUCUCUGACGUGCGCGCUCUCGGGCAGACCAGAACGCGACGGCAAGAUGGCGGCGUCCGUGUGUCGGUUCGGAAGCGCAGUGGGGAGAGCUCUUGUUAAGGCUCGCAGCCCCACCGUGCUGUCCCUCCGGCGCGGCAAGGCGGGUCUGCCGUAUGCACAGAGUCUCCUGGCAGUUCCUGAGACCCGGGUCACCACUCUGGAGAAUGGCUUACGUGUUGCCUCUGAGGAGACCGGUCAGGCAACCUGCACUGUGGGUCUGUGGAUCAGCUGUGGGAGCCGCUAUGAAACGGAGACGACCAAUGGCGCGGGCUUCUUCCUGGAGCACAUGGCCUUUAAGGGCACGAAGAAGCACUCCCAGUCGGUCCUUGAGCAGGAGGUGGAGUCGAUGGGCGCUCACCUGAGCGCUUACACGUCUCGAGAGCGCACUGCCUUCUACAUGAAGGCUCUGGCCAAGGACCUUCCCAAAGCGGUGGAGCUCCUGGCGGAGGUGGUGCAGAGCAGCGCCCUGAGCGAGGCGGACCUGGAGCGGCAGCGGGCCGCAGUGCUGCGGGAGCUGGAGGAGGUGGAGAACAGCCUGCAGGACGUCUGCCUGGACAUGCUGCAUGCCACCGCCUUCCAGGGCACCCCGCUGGGCCAGAGCGUGCUGGGGCCCUCGCACAACGCCAGGACUCUGACCCGUCAGAACUUGGUGGACUUCAUCAGUAGCCACUACCGCCCCCCCCGCAUGGUUCUGGCUGCCGCUGGAGGUGUUCGUCAUGACGAGCUGGUCAGCCUGGCCAGGCAGCACCUGGGCGGCAUGUCGCUGGACUCUGAAGGUGACGGCGUGCCGGUUCGGGCUCGCUGCCGCUUCACGGGCAGCGAGAUCCGCAUGCGAGACGAUGCCAUGCCCCUGGCGCACGUCGCCAUCGCCGUGGAGGGCGCCGGCACCAACAGUGCUGACAUCAUCCCCCUGCUUGUGGCCAACGCCCUAAUCGGCAGCUAUGACGUCACUUCUGGGGGAGGGAAGAACCUGAGCAGCGGUCUGGCCCGCACAGCCGCGGUGGAGAAGCUGUGCCACAGCUACCAGGCCUUCCACACCACCUAUAGCGACACGGGGCUCCUGGGCGUCUACUUCGUCGCCGACAAACACCACAUCGAUGACAUGAUGUUCACCGUGCAGAACGCCUGGAUGAACCUGUGCACGACGGUGACCGAGAGCGAUGUGGAGAGAGCCAAGAAUGCACUGAAGGCCAGCCUGGUGGGACAGCUGGAUGGAACAACGCCAACCUGCGAGGACAUAGGCAGGCACGUCCUGGACCACGGCCGCCGCAUCCCCCUGUCUGAGUGGGACGCCCGGAUCAGCACGGUGACCGCCAAGACGGUCCGGGACACCUGUUCCAAAUACAUCUAUGACAAAUGUCCCGCGGUUGCUGCUGUUGGGCCGAUCGAACAGCUUCCUGACUACAACAGGAUGCGCAGCAGCAUGUACUGGCUGCGCUUCUGAUCCCUGCAGAGAAUCCCAAAGGCCUCAGGUGGACGUGUCCCUCCGGUCUCCUUCCCAGUCCAUGAUGUCUCUGUGAAAGGUUACUCCUUUUAAGUUGAGGUCGCUCCUCCUUCAGCACUCAGCUGUGUACAGCGUGAUAAAUCCCCUCCCUCACAUCUCUACCCAUUAGUUGUACUGUAUCAGAGGGACAGUGAUGUAGUGGGUUUUGUGUGAAUCCUUUUUAAUGGAUAAAUGGUUCUGACCCAAGAGUGUAACUUCCUGCUGUUUAAGGUAGCAGACGUGAAUGAUGAUGUUGAUCAGGAUUCCCCAGUGCCUGUCCUGGAGGGCCGGAAUCCAACACUGUUAGCGGAUUUCCGUGCUCAAACACAUCUUAAUCAGCUAAUUACCAGGUUUGUUAGGUACCUUUGAGCUGGGAAAUUGGCAAAUUGUGUUGGAUUCUGGCCCUCCAAGACCGGAGUGGGGAUCCCUGGUGUGAUGUAUUGGAUAGUUCAGUGCUUUGAAGCUGCCUUGUCUUAGCAGAGUUAAUGUUGGCAGUGUGUAACAACACUUCACAGAGGAUGGCAGUGUUUGUGGUAUGAUUUGUUUCAGCACUGUAAAUAUGCCUCAGUCUGGCAAUAAAAAAAGAAAGACAAAUUAAACUUAAAAAGCAAAGAA